UUUCAUAAACAAUUACUUCACUCUGGAUAUUUCCCCCCAUUUUUACCUUGAACACAGUUCCUAUACCUAAACGCCAUGACUGGCAAAAGAAACCGACCCAGCAGCCCCGUCGGCAGCCCCUCGUCCGGGAACAUCUCCGACAGUUCUUCUAAAGAACAAGAUCGCUUCCUCCCCAUAGCUAACGUGAGUCGAAUAAUGAAGAAAUCCCUCCCCACAAACGCCAAAAUAUCCAAAGAAGCCAAAGAAACGGUGCAAGAAUGCGUUUCGGAGUUCAUCAGCUUCAUCACCGGUGAGGCUUCCGACAAGUGUCAGAGGGAGAAAAGGAAGACCAUAAACGGCGACGAUCUGUUGUGGGCAAUGGUGACGCUGGGCUUCGAGAAUUACGUCGGACCUCUCAAGGUUUAUCUCAACAGGUAUAGGGAAACCGAAGAGGAGAAGAAUUCCAUGGUCAGGCAAGAAGAUAACCACCACCAGCAGUCUCCUACAUCGUACGGGGCUAAUGAAUUCAACAACGUAAAUGCGGGAGAUCAUUUCCAGGGCUACAACGGUGGAUUCUUUUCGCUCGGGACGCAAGUUAAUCGAAAGCAGAGUUACGGUGAUCAUGGUGGAAGAGGGAUCGGAUAUGGAGAAAAUUUGAUGGCAGCUGCAGGUGGUUUCAAUACGAGCAGUAUCGGAGAAAAUGACGAUGGAAAUGGUAAUAGAACCAUGGCAGCAGCUGAUUUCCACAAGGAUGACUGGUAG